AUGUCUUCCUCUCUACCUCCCAUCGAUGUGCCCGCACCACACCUUCGAAAGCCGCUCGAUAGCCAGAGGGGCGCUGGCGGCGAGAUGUCCAUGGUGUUUUUCGUCCAGCCGGAUUGCCCCGUUAGAUUUGCCCACCAGGACGAGCACCGCAUCAAGGGUCUUAACGCCGAGGCCAUGGCCCGCGUCUUGCUGCCUCCGCCCGCCUGGCUGCUCGCGAUGGGAUAUGCGCCCCUCCGAUCGGAGGCCGACGAUUCCCCGACAUCCGUCUUCUUUAGUCUCAAUCUCUCGAUUUACGGCCAGCCUAUUGAUGCCUCAAAAUGGACGGAAGAGUGGUUUUUCAUGAAUGGCCGCGUCCACCCCUACGCCCUUGCGUGGGAGAUUGAGCAGCGCGACGGCCUGGAGUCCGACACGGGCGGCACCCUUCUCUAUACGAUGCCCGCCCUUGUCGUCCGCGACCAAGGCUACCAGCCCGUUCUUCCUAGCUCUUGGCCCUAUGGACGACUUCCCCUGCGUCCCGCCUAUUGUUUCCUUUACCGGCCUUAUCCCAAGGUCGCCGGCCUGCUCCGUCAUGACGUUAUGCUCUAUCCCCCAGGCUCCGACCGGGACAACGUCUUUAUUGUCGUCCCGGAUUCUUGGACAUUUCUCGACAAGGCCGCCGCCGCCGUCACCCCAAUGACACCACUCUCUCUACACCACAGAGGCAGCAGGCGUCCUCCCUUCCGCGGCCUUUCAGGACAUGCGCGCUGCCUCUUUGUCUUUGGCCACCCCUGGCACCCUCCCGCUCAGCCCUCCACCUUUGGCUUCGGCUUCGCCCUCGACCGGCCCCUUGGGCCGCCCGGGAAGCGAUGUUGCCCCGAGCCUGCCGAUACGCCGACGAAACGACCGCGGCUGCUGCAUAAGGCCCCGGUGCCUUCGUCUUCCCUAACCCUGGCUCAUCUGCCACCCAGUCGUUCUCUGUUUCGGCUGCCUCCUUGA